UGGAACUCUUGAGUGGGGUACCGUUUAUCGUCAUCGCGUAUUAGCGAUUUUAUUUGUGUAUUUUUGCUCGAUUAGAUUCCAAGUGGUGGCUGGUAUUAUUUAGACACAACAUUGUGAAUAUUAGUGUUUGGAGUUUUAAUUUUUUAGUGACUACUCGCCUUAAUUCUGAAAAAUUGUCCCUUAUAACCUCACAAUAGCCGGUUGUUUUUGACUUGUCAUUCUAUUUAAAGAUCAGCUGAUGCAGGUUUGUUUACAAUGAUGUGGACUUGUGUCUUUGUAGACUCUUAUAAAAAAUGAUGAUUUACAAACGAAGAUCGGAAUUAUUGGUUCCUUAGUGCUGCUAAAAUUACAAACGUAAAAUCAUUGAACUCUUAAUUUUAGUUAAAAAGUGCUGUGUUUACCAUAGAAACAAUGUUGUGCAUCAAGAAAAAUUAUAGGGACGAGCUGCUACAGCUUGCUUUACUUAUAAGCUUGCUUCGGGUUAAUCCAGACUCUUUAUUAGAGAAUGAUAUUCUCAAUGGGGUAAAUGAUUAUAACAAUGGUACUACAUGGAGAACCUCAUUAUCACCAUCAGUAUUAAGAAGUCAUUACAUUCACCCAAAAAGCUUUGAUUCUGUUUUGCUUAACUAUGAAAGAGAAGUUUUUGCUGACCUAAACUCGCUUGGGAGAUAUAAUCGAGUAAACUUUAGACAUCCUGAUGUGCAUGCUUAUCUGUUAAAUAUUGAAAGGAAUGGAGUCAAUCCUUCAGGAAAUAGUGAGUCAUUGGCAUCACCACCUCAAGAAGUUACUCCAGAGGAUGUAACUCCUGAACCUCAUUCUCCACCAAAUGAGGGUCAAGAAGGGAUUGAGCUUACUCAAGAGGACAUGGAUUUGAUCGAGAUUCUGUGGAAACAAGAUGAAGAUUUGGGAUUCUCAUUGGAGGUAGCAAGACAAGAAGAGCAGCUAAAGGAAAAGACAGCCUUAGAUCCGAAAUUACUUAAAGAGAAUUGUAACCCUUCCACCUCAUUAACCACUGACGGCACUAUUGUAGAAUCAACCACUGACGAUUCUAAAGAACUUAAAGUUGUAAAAGAUGAAGUCAAGGAAGAGGAACCUGAACUUGAACCACCAGAAGAAGAUAUUUGGGCUGGUAUCAACUACACCAUUGAUACCGAAACAGGAGAGUAUGUAAUAAAACAAGAAGGAGGGGCCGAGGCUAAUUCUUCAUGCGACUUAGAAGACCUCGCCUUACCCCUGCCAGAAUUUCUUCUGGAUGAAGCUCUACGUUUGGUCGAACUUGACGAUGAUAACACACAGAAAAAUGACACAGGGCUUCUAGAAGAUCUUGGUGGAGAGGUAGGAACCAGGAAGGUUGAGGGAUCAUCCACAACCCUCGAUGAGACUAGUGUUUUAGAUGACGAAUUUGAUAUAUUCGCAGAUAUGAUUCAGACUCCGCAAUUUCAUCAUCCUCAUCACAGGGCUGCGUUCCAGAGUCGCAUGCCCUUUGUGCGCACUGUGAGUAUGGAACAGCGCUGGCAGGACCUUGCAAACUUGCUGAGCUUGCCCAACCCCGGAGAGAUACACCCCUUCGGCGCACACCACGCCCUCCCGACCGGCUAUGGGCAUCAUCCUCACGCACACCCAGCCCACCCCGGCACCCCUUAUGACGCCAGGGGCGUACUUUUACAUAACGCCACUCUGCCGACCCCCAUGGGAGAAUUGAAUGGCACUAUGCCAUACGGAAAUAUAGGUAAUGCCGUGGCAACUUCUAUGAAUCUCACUAACAGCAGUGAGCCCAUGGGUGAACCAAGUAGCGCCCCACAGUACAAAUUGGAACCGGCUAAUGAAAUGAUGUAUUAUCAGAAUAAUGGUUCCGAGUUCGGCAACAACCAAACUGAUGGGUUGUUUUCCAAUUUGUUAAAUGACGAAGACCUACAACUUAUGGACAUGGCAAUGAAUGAAGGCAUGUAUACAAUGCGUAUGCUGGAAAGCAACAACACUGUAAGCAACCUAAGCAUAAAUAGCACUCCGGGAACCACAAGCAUGUCCAGGCCAGAUAUGGAACGCUUGGACACAUCCAGUGACAGUGCUGUCAGCUCUAUGGGAUCAGAACGAGUCCCGUCGUUGUCCGACGGAGAGUGGUGCGAUGCUGGAUCAGAUUCUGGCCAUGCGCCUAAUGGGGAACAGUUCCCGCCAGACUAUCAAAAUAAGUAUCGUCCUUUUGACUACAGCUAUACUAACCGUUUGGCAGAAAGCUCUCGCAUGCCCCCUGUACCUCAAAAGAAGCAUCUAAUGUACGGCAAGAGAUUCCACUCCGCCUCUGGAUUUUCGGAUUAUAGAGAUCCAGGCAACUCCUUUCAGCCGCAUUGCCCUCCAAGAGAAAAAAUGCCGGAAAUAAAAUACUCCUGCUCUGCGGAGUUUAAUCCCCUGCCACGAACCCCUGUUGAUCACAUUCAACAUAACCACACUUAUCACUUGCCUGCUGAAAAUUCUGGUGCCAUGCAAAGACCAGUGUCCAGAGAUAAGGGCAAGUCACGAAAGUCGGAAGAAGAGCACCUAACACGAGAUGAGAAGAGAGCUAGAGCUUUAAAUAUUCCUAUCACUGUCGAUGAUAUUAUAAACCUUCCAAUGGACGAAUUUAAUGAGCGACUUUCUAAAUAUGAUUUAAGUGAGCCUCAGCUUAGUCUUAUAAGAGACAUCAGAAGGAGAGGAAAAAACAAGGUAGCAGCACAAAAUUGCCGAAAAAGGAAGCUUGACCAAAUUCUUAGUUUAGCUGAUGAAGUCAGGGAAAUGAAGGACCGCAAGCUAGCAAUAAUGAAUGAUCAUAAAUACUCCUUGGUUGAACUGAAACGCAUGAAAGAUAAAUAUCAACAGCUUUAUAGGCAUGUUUUUCAGAAUUUGCGGGACCCAGAUGGUAAUCAAUACUCGCCGUACCAAUACAGUUUACAGACCGCAGCCGAUGGAUCAAUUUUGAUGGUACCGCGAUCGAACAAUGGAAUGAACGGCACCUCAGAACGAAAGGAAUCCCCUCAAAACCAAAAAGACUAAGUUGUAAUUCAAUUAGUGUUUAGUAAUUUUUGCUCUAAAUUUGAAUCAAUGACCACUUCGAAAAUCUUUGAUUCCUUUUGUUAUAAGGUUCUCUCAGGAUGAUGUGUAAAUUAUGGCUUAUUCUAUAACUGCAUAGCGGCUUGAGAGAAUAUCUAUAUAGGCUGAUGCAUUUGUAAUAUUUCUUUUAAGCUUAAAGAUGCAUUAAUAUAUUUUUAUAAAAUAUUCAGGUGAUGAAAAUGCCUUCUUCAAAGAAUUGUAUAUAUUAGAUAGACUUAGUGAACAACGCACAGUUGAUUGAGGGCGUAAUUAGUUCUAGGUGCAAUGUAGAUUUUUCUUAUGUUAGUCUAAUUUUACAUGUUAUUUUUUAUAUACUUACCCGAAUCGGAUAUUUUGCUAUCGAUAUCAUAUAUCAUCCUUACUUGAAACAUACGUACCCAAAGAUCAAAUCACGUAUAAUAGUAGUUUCACUUUAAUGUGUAUCAACAGUAAUUUUAUAUUGUAAGUGGUCCUAUAUUACAAAAAGAAAAGAAAAAAAAUGAAGCUUUAAACUUAUUUUUUAAACUUUUUAUUAAAAUUGUUUAUACUAAAAGAAUUUUAGCACAAAUGUUGCAGUCAUGUUAGGAUCGUACCCUUUUAGGUAGGGGAUAUUUUAAAAUUUUGUUUUUUACUCUUAGGAUUAAUUAUUGUACUGAGAGUCAAAAGAGAUGGCUGCUACUAAAUUAAGUGUUACGGUUUAUCAAAGAUUUUUUUCAAUAAUAAAAUAUCCGAUUCUAACCACCCCAUUUAAUUGAGUAAAAUAUACUAAUUACGCAUAUAUGCACUCAAGCUUAAUAGUUUUUUAUCUUUGUUUAUAGGAAAAUGGUCUAAUAGACACUAUGGGCAGGUUCCCAUUUUUCAAGACCAAAAUUAUCUUAGUAUAUUUUAUUCAAUUUUUUUGUUACACAUAAUAUAUUUGGUGCAGUAUAUUCUGUUAUAUAAAUGACCGUUAAUAUUAAAUAAAUUAGUUCUAGCAUUGGACAGGCUGGUUACUAUAAGUUAUUAUAAUAAUUUUUUGUGUAUAUUUCUGUGUAUUUUUGUGAUUCCCAUCCCUCAAGGGUUGACAUUAAAAAUGAACCGUACUUUAAUAGAAAAGUAAUAAUAUGUAAUAUUAACUUUUGCAGAUAAUUUAGGUUAAUAAUAAUUUUUAUAAAAAAAGCCUUUAGUUUUUGUACAUUAUUUAGAUGUAGACGAGUAACUAAGCCCCUGCACUCCCUGUUUAAUUAAUUUAAAAAUUGUUUCCAAAACAAACAUUGUAUUUGCAAAAAUGUUCGCUAUACAGGGUGAUUGUAGAAAGCUAUAACUCGUAUCAACUUAAAUGUGAAUGUCUAUAGAAUAAUUAUUGGGAUUGUUAGUUCUAGGCGGCGGAUUUUAGGCAACCUGUAUUAUUGCUUAAUAAUGGAGAUAUAAAUGCUUUUAGUGUCAUAAUUUUUAUUCGUAACCCCCUAACUUAGAAUUGAAGUACAAUAUGACCUCCUUUUUUGCAAUAUUUAGAUGACGUACAUGAUCGGCGGGCGUUAUUUCUUAUUUUGGGAUAUUUUUUCAGACUGCGGUAUUUUUUUAUAGUGUCAGCCAUGCAUCGAUCUCUUAACUUCUUUUCAACAAUUUGUAGUUUAUUUUUUUAUAAGUAAAACGUGUAAAAAAUAUAAGGUUUGUUUUCAGCAAAUUAUUUUUUGUAAAUAAAAAUUAUAAAAUAAACAGUAAAAACACGA